AUGACGAACUUUUCAAUUUGCUCGCCGGCGGCCAUUCAGACCCCGGCCUUGUACGGAGCUGACAUUCUUUCUCUUUCGGCGACUUGGGUCACCAAUUACACCGACUACAUCCCGUACAGCUUCAACUACAACGGAGGCACUGUUGGCCUAGACAAUGCCAAGUUCUGCAACAUCACCGUGAAGUACACCCAUCCCGGCUACGAGGAUAACAUCACCGUCGAGACCUGGCUUCCCGAGCCGGCGAACUGGAACGGCCGCCUGCAGGCCACAGGAGGGGGCGGAUGGGCUGCUGGCCGGUUUGUGCUGUCCGAGUUCUUCAUGGGAGGCGCAUUGGGGGAGGGCUUUGCCACGACCACGACCGAUGCUGGACUGGGUAAGGACACGACAGGACCCGAGGAAUGGGCACUCACCAGCCCGGGAAAUGUUGAUUGGGUGGCGGUGGAAAACUUUGGAUCCCGUGCCUACAAUGACCAAGCCAUCAUUGGGAAAAGCCUGGUGAACAGCUUCUACGGCCGUGGCCCCGAGUACUCGUACUGGAGCGGUUGCUCGCAGGGUGGCCGGCAGGGCAUGAUGAUCGCCGAGCGCUAUCCCACUGCAUACGACGGCAUUGCCGCCUCAGCCCCGGCCCAAUCCUUCACCAAGUUUACCUCCUCGCUCUACUAUCCCCUCUUGAUGCGCGUCUGGCACAAUGUCAACCCGCUGGUCUGUGAACUGGACUUCCUGACCAGCGAGGCCAUCAGCCACUGUGAUCCCCUGGAUGGUGUGGUGGAUGGGCUCAUCUCCAACAUGACUGCCUGUAACUACGACCCCUACACUGCUGUGAACAAAACCUUUACCUGUGACUCCUUGAACCGCACGAUUGCGCUCAGUCAGGGCGCCGCGCUCAUCGCUGAUGCCGCCUGGUCAGGCGCGCACGCCACUGAUGGCCGCCAGCUCUGGUAUGGAUACAACCCAGGGUCUGACAUUGGCAGUACCUUUGGUGUUCAGCCAGGAUACAACAGCUCAUCGACCACCGCCGUAAAGGAUGAGUGGUUCAAUCUCUUCGUCGCUCGGAAUGUCAGCUUCAACACCAGCGGCAUGAGCCACGAGGAGUACCAGGAGUUUUUCAACCUCAUCACUUCAGAGUAUGGCAGCUCCUGGAACGCAGACGAUGCGAACUUGCAUGCUUUCAAAAAUGCUGGAGGCAAGCUCCUCACCUACCAUGGCAUGGCCGAUCCCAGUAUACCCACCAAGGGUACCGAAUACCUCUACAACAAGGCGCAGGCGCUCUUCCCCGACAUUGAAGACUUCUGGCGCUUCUUCGAGUCGCCGGGUCUGGGUCACUGCGCCGGGGGCCUCGGCGGCCAGCCGACCACCGUCAUCAAGGCCCUCCAGCGCUGGGUCGAAAAUGGCACCGCGCCGGACACCUUGCCCGUGGAAUACCCAUCGCUUGGAAAUGGUCUUCACCGUAACCUGUGCCCGUAUCCUUCCCAGAUUGAAUACAUUGGCGGCAAUAUCACUCUGGCUGAGAGCUUCCGUUGCACAUAA